ACGAUCCAACAUGGAGUGAGAACGCGGCGGUGAGGCUCGUGCGGGGCCGUCCUCACACAGAGCAGCGCGCGACUGCAGCCGCGGUACCGACAGCGCGCUCCCGACCGGAGGUCCGCACCGGACUGCGAGAGCGCUGGAUUAACGUGUGCAAGUGGAUAUAGGAGAGAGGGGGGAUCCGAAAAAAAAAAACCCCACAGAGCAAGCGACGGUGGAUCGGUGCUAUACAGGACGGGAAAACGGAGAUUGGAUCAGUAGGACGGGGAACGAGACAAAAUGGAGCCUGGACGCUGCUUGCGCGCGGUGGGAUGUUACUGGAGGUGAAACGAGGAGGAAAAUGACCGAGGAAUCCCACCCAGACGAUGAUGAUUAUCUAGUGCGUGUGAAGGCUGUGGUAAUGACGAGGGAUGACUCAAGUGGUGGUUGGCUGGCUCAGGAAGGAGGUGGGCUCAGCCGGGUCGGCGUUUGUAAGGUGGCUCCGGCCAGUCUGGAUCUUUUUGAUCGCAAUGGGUUUUUCAUCUAUGGAGAGAGACUUCGAGACAAGCAGGUAAUCUUGAAGUGCUUCCUUAAGAAGGACCUGGUCUACACUAAAGCUACUCCCACAUUCCACCACUGGCGUGUGGACAACAAGAAGUGUGGACUGACAUUCCAGAGUCCAGCGGACGCACGCGCCUUUGACCGUGGUGUCAGAAAGGCCAUUGAGGACCUGACUGAUGGUUCCACCACUUCCUCAUCUACUCUACAGAAUGAGACAGAGCUGGGAGAUGAUGACGUCUUUACAAAUGCCACAGACAGCUCAUCAAACUCUUCCGGAAGGAGGGAACCCACUGUGCGGACGCUCACACCCAUUUGCUUCUGUGAUUCACACCACCACCAGUGCAUUCUCCACAACCAGCACAGACACUCCGACCAUUACUACCUGGACCAGGCACCUCCUAUGUUUAAUCGACUGGUGCAUUUUCUGGAGGAAGAGGAGGAGCUUGUGCGCAUCAACCCACGUGAGCGUGCCUGGCUAACAGGCUAUGAGGACUACCGCCACGCUACCACGGCCGGCCACAAACUCCUGCGACCUGAACCCUUGGACGCUUACGUCACCUUUGCCAAAAGCGAACCGCCCAAACAGGACUACACGUACCCAUGCCCACUAGGUGGCGACAGUGGAAAAUCAGGGAUUAGUGGUGGGGUUGUGGUGUCAUGCCAGCCAAGGACAUUGUGGCGCAGUGAGGAUGACCGGGUGCGCUGUGUGUACUGCCGAGAUGUUUUCAGUCCAUCCCAGAACCGGCGUGGGCAGUGCCAGGAGGCACCCGACCCGAUGGUGGCACUAAUACGGCGAGUAAGCUUCAUGUGGUGCGCAGACAGCCUACUGUAUCACUGCAUGGCGGACGCUGAGGGCGAGUACUCUGAGCCAUGCUCGUGUGACUCUAGUGAUGGGAGGCUCUUACUUAGGUGGCUGGCGCUGCUUGGCCUGUCAAUAAUCGCGCCCUGCAUGUGCUGUUAUGCACCACUGCGAGCUUGUCACCGCUGUGCUGUUGCCUGCCACUGCUGUGGUGCUAAGCAUAAAGCCGCCAGCUAAGAUAUGAAAAAAGAGGCUAAAUGGAUGUAGUUGCAGUAAACCAACUUUGGAUGACAGUUUUUUUUUCCACAGAAGUUUUGUUUCCUUUGGACAAUCUUGGUUAUAUAUAUAAACCUGGCUAACAAGCUAUAUAAAUCUAUAUAUAUAGAUAUAUCUAUAACUCCAGGUACUUUUUAUGUUUUUACACUUUUCCGCUGUGAUGACCGUGAAGGUGCAGCCCGUCUUGCUGGUCCAUCCUAACGUGAUCAAUACUGUUCCAUUAAUUGAAAUCACUCAAGUGGUUAAGUGCACUGCUUAAGUGAACAUGUUAUGUAUGUGCCAAAUGAAAAUAAAUUAAUUAAUAAUUUUAUAAAAAAACAACAUUGUGACAACAACUCCCCCUUGUGGAGAAACUUUCACCCGCUAAAUUUGAAAGAGAUACUUCUGAAGUUGCUUUGCAUCUUAUAAUGCAAAGCAACAGUGUUACUGGGAGCACACAAAUACAAAGCCAAGGGUUGUAAAGAAGUAAGUAUGUGUCAAUGCAGGUCCAUGAGGUGCUUCACAUAAAAAAACUGCUAAGCCAGCAUUAAGCAUUUGUCUUUGAGAAUUUAGCAAAAUAGCAGCGGUAGCUCAAAAGUUAAGGUGCUGGACUAGUAAUCAUAAGGUUGCCAGUUCAGCCCCACUAUUGUCACAUGGCCAUUGUUGGGCUCCUGAGCAAGGCCCUUAAAAUCUUAGUUGCUUAAAUUAAAUUUAGUGAUAGGUGAAGAUGCUUUGCGUCUGCUAAAUGCAGCAAAUGUAAUUUAAAUGCAAACAUAUUUUAUUAUUUUAACAAAAUGUGCUGUGAUUAAUGCUUUUACAAUCUAUACUUCCUAUGCAAAUUAACUUAGCAAGCAAAACUAUACAUUAUUUUUAACCAACAAAAUAAGUGCUUUGUUGUCUUGAUCGCAUUAUUGCUGAACAAUAGAAAAAAACGGUAAAAUCUUAACUAGGAGUGUGCAUAUAAAAUAUAUAAAAUAUCAAAUAAGUAGUAAUCAUUGUCAUCAUCAGCAAACAUAGCACAGACAACUAUUUCAUCAUUGUAACUUAGUGUCCUUAAGGGUACUUUUGAAGGGCUGACAUCAGGGUGGACCAGCCCGACAGGAGACCACCACAGUCAACUCAUAUCAUUAAAUUCUUAUGUGUUUAGUGCAUUUGUUUUUGUUUUAAUAUUUGUUUAAUUUUGUUUAGUUGCCCUGGCUUGCCAAUCACAGAUAAACAUUCUUACCGAGGCACUUAACACUUGACCAUCCCUAUCAAAACAGACAAAGUGUGCAUUGUGUGUGGUGAAACAGAGAGAAAAGAAAUACAUUUUUAUCAUUAUUUUGCUGAAUCCCAAAUGAUGCAAUUGGGGCUACAUGGUGAUGCAGUGGGUAGCGCUGACAGCUCAUAGUGAAAAGGGCCUGGGUCUGAUUUCCCUGCUGGACAACCAGGGUCCUUUCUCUGUGGAGUUCGCAUGUUCUCCGUGUGUCCAUGUGGGUUUCCUCUGGGUGCUCGGGUUUCAUCCCACAAGCCCAAAGACAUGCAGUCAUGCCAAUUGAAUCUACUAAAAAUUGCCCUAAUUGUGUCAGUGUGUGUGUGUGUGUUUGUGUGUCCGGGGUGUUUUUUGCCUUUCACAAAAUAAAUGAGAACCACUGCAACCCUGACCAGGAUAAAGCAUGGGUAAAACAGACAAUGAAUAAAAAGAAAUGUACAGAUGAAUGUGUGACAGUCAGAUCAGCGGAGGCAAACUUGUGUGAACUCUUUGGAUGAAGCUGGAUUUGUGUGUUAAUGAACCUCAAAAUAUGAUCCAACCCUCAUCUAGAUUAUUAUCAAACACACCAUAUACAAUAGGGGGCCAAAGGUCUGAGAAAAUGCUUUAAUUUUACACUUUUCUUAGAUUUAAUACAAUGUAUUUUAUUACAAAUCAUAAAAAAUGACCACGUUAUAUCACUUGUACAAAAGUUUAGAUUUCCUUGAGUCUGAUCCAAUGACUUUCAGAAGGAUUUGAUCUACAUAAGUUUGUUUAAAUUAAUCAUUGUGCAGCCAUUAUUGAGCUUUAAUUAAAAUGGUCAUCCUAAAUACUUUCUAAAAUACAUAUAACAUUUUCAAAGAUUCAACAUUUACCUCAAAUUGUUGUGCUGAUUAUUUAAAUUGUAAUAAAAAACAUUGUGGUAAUUAAAAAAUCCUUAAUUUCCUCUAGUGGUCUCAGACUUUUGGCCCUUUACUGUACAUUAGAAUUUUUAACGCCACUUUUACAGCUAGCACAUGAAGUUGCAAGACCAGUCAGUAACAUCUGAAGAAACUUGAGCUGUAAUCAUGUAGUACAAUACUCCUUCAAACUUGUAAAACCCUGUAGUAAUCACAUUUUUUCUACAAAGUUCCCAGACUAAACUAACAUAUUGAAAACGUGUUAAUAUUGCUGUAAAUUUCAAAAAUAAAACAAAUUAGAAACA